AUGUGGAAGAAAGGGGAGUUAGUGUGGGUGACUUUAAUCUCUUCAGAUACAUGGAUUCCGGGUCAGAUUCUGGAUCCAUCCGAACCUUUUGGGUCUCUGGUCUCCUUCUUCGGCCUGAUGGAACCGCGAUACGUCCCAAAGCCUUGUCUCCGGAGCUUCGAGCGAGAUUUCGGAACUCUAGUUUCAGAUUCAUGGAGGUAUCGCCGGUUUGUGAACCGAGCUUUGCAAGCCCACUUUUGGAACAUCUCGUUUGGGCUAUGGUGUUCUUGCCAGCCGCCGAUUGAUUCGCCCUACUUCGACAGAGAAAGCUCUCUCCUUUGGUUUCCUCCCUCUUCGAAAUCGGCUCUGGGCUUUGUUCGAGGCAUGGCCGUUUCGCUACGGGUGCCUCUCCGGAGAUUAGCUGAGACCAACAGUUCCACCGCCCAGAUCCUUAGCUUUCGGCGAUACACUGUUGAUUUUAACCGCUCCGAAUCAAUCUAUGAAGAAAUUAGAGAAAGUGCAAGGCUAAUAGAUCUCUCAGAAGAACAAGAUUGGUGUCUCGAUCCCUCCGAAAAGAUGGACUGCAUCGACCCGGUUUCUAUGUUUUCGGAUGCAGAAAUGGAAAACAGUAGAGAUUUGAGUCUUGGAGAUCCAUUGCCCAAGGAUACACCUUGUUGUUCUUCUUCUCCUUCAUCUGAGCAGCAUGUUGAUAAACCAGUUCAGAUUUGCACAUGGAAUACGAGGAACCGUCUUACCAACUCUGGUUCUAGCGUUAUGAAAGCUUGCGUAACCAUGGCUCGAACACCUGACCAUGAGAAUGCAUGUCACUCGUCAAAGAACAGAGAACUCUGUCAAGUUGAGAAGACAAUCUGCUUACUGAAUUCAGAAUCUUCUAUUGAAGAUAUAAUAGAGGAAGACGUCACUUCCGUUGCUGCCCCGAGAGCUGCUGUAUCAGAAGCACCUCCUGAUGUUAUGAUAGAAAGUAAUGAUGGCAUCAUUGGUUCGGACGAUGGAACUGUGACAUCCUCCGCAAAACAGUUGUCACCCUUGCUUGGUGCGAGUAACGAGAAGGCUUUUCUGGCAAAGCCUAUUUCUUUUGUUGUUCUGAAAGCCUGCAAGAACCAAGCCUGUUCAGUGAAAGAAACAUAUGAUAACCCAAGAAGCAAGCUUGAUAGCUCGAUGAUCACUGCCAAGACCUUGGAUGAUGAAUCGUCAGAUAGGAAUACUUUCAAUAGAACACAAGACGACUGCUCUGAUGAUGCGUUGAAGGAGGUAGGACAGGGCUCGCUACAUAUUACCGAGACUUCAAACAAAGAAUUCAGUUAUGAUGAUGUAGGCGUUGUACCCGCAGAACCAUUACAAGAUUUGGAAGCUGCAACAGCUGUUGGAAACCAGACGAGAGUAGUUGAUGAUGUCAAAUCAACUGGGGUCAAAAGGAAAGGGAGUCGAGACAGAGCAUCUGCACGUAACUCCAAGAGAAAGAAGAAAGCAGGCAAACAACCUACUUCUAAUGAUAAACCUUUGAAUCUACACUUGAUGAAAGAUAUGCGUCUUGCUGAUCCAAAAUGCUUGCGGAUGAAGUUCUUGAGUAGACAUGGGAAUCUCCCAUCCAAAUCAGAACUGUUGAAGAGAUUCAGCGUGUUUGGGAAAAUCGACGCUUCAAGAACUGAUGUAAACCCAGGGGAAAGCUCUGCGAAAAUAGUAUUUCUGCAGAGCAUAGACGCAGUGACGGCUUAUCAGUUUGCAAGGAGCAAAAAGUUUAAGCUUGGACGGUCUAAGGUAAUGUAUCGGCUGGACGCCAUUGAGGAAAACAGUGAAAUGAACAAAGUCUCUGUGACUCAGAAGCCUCAAAACUCCGAUCCAUCACCAAGAUCAUCUCUCAAGAAACAUGGUUCGGUAGAUAACGAAGAGGGAAGAAGUAAUCUGAAGAAGACCUAG